AUGGAGAUAGCUCCGAAGGAGCAGGCGUAUGACAUGGUGAAAGCCAUGGCACAAAGAUGUGAAAGGAGUAAGCAAGUAGCGGCUGCAAUGCGUAACGCCAUGGAAGGUCAGGCUCGAAAGAGCCAGAGCGGCAGAUUACGUAAAGUUGAUCGCAGUCAUGAUACUCGGCAAGUCCAAACCACUGUGAACACAUUGGAGAGUGGAAGCAGUAAGCUCGAUGUCCGCGAUGCGACGGCUCAGCGGAGACCCGUCGGAAAGUGUUUCAACUGCAACAAACAAGGACAUCUGAAAAAGGACUGUACGAUGCCGAUGAAGAACGCUACUGUUACUGAAAAAGUUACCAGAUCGGCUCAGCAAGCAGAGCCGGCAAGAAUUUUUACCGCGUCUCUGAGGAAAUGGAUAUGUGGAGCAGUAGAGGUCGACAACAACUGCGAAUUGGUCGGUGAACAAACGACCACGGAUGUGCAUCUUCUAGGCACUUCACGCAAAGCGUUGUUGGACACUGGCUCGCAAAUCAGCAUCAUACCACUGCAAGUACUCCAGGCAGCAUUGGAGUCCGGCUUUGACUUGGAUGCCGACGUCGAAGAGAUUCCGUUCCUCGCGCCACCAGCAAAGCAGUAUCGAUGGCUUCGGUGCAACAGAAUGUCCUUCGGCCCUUCAAAGGAGCGAUCAGACUGA